AUCCGCAGAAACUGAAAACAACGAGGAAUCCUCAACUUCUUCGUAGUAAAAUGAAGAGGGAAUUGAACUCAAGGUGUUUUUAACAACCCAAAAAGAAGAAGAAGAAAAAAUGUAUAGAGGGAUGAUUUCUCAGUUCAAUAAAUCGCUCUCUAUGCGGAUUGCUUCAAACAUGUCAGCCUCCGUAUCUAAUUCUACUUCUCAGUGUCUCUUGCUUAGGAAUUCCAACUCAACAAUGGAGGUAGAUUGGAUUGCUCAAUGUUGCCGCAGUUGUUACAGUACCAUGGUGCAACCUUGGAGGCAAAAACUUUCUACUCAGAAAGAAAUGAAACCCUCAGCUGAGGUUCAAAACAACAAUCCAGCUAUACAAGAGCUUCCAAAGAAAGAUUUGAGUAUCAUAGAUAAGCGCGAGAUUGGGAGGACUGUGUCGGGAAAAGAUAAGGUCAAGUUUCUCAUGAACACACUUCUUGACCUCGAGGAUUGUAAAGAAACCAUCUAUAGCACACUUGAUGCAUGGGUUGCGACAGAGCAGAAGUUCCCAACUGUCUCUCUGAAGAGAAUGUUGAUUGCUCUUGAAAGGGAGCACCAGUGGCAUAGAGUUGUUCAGGUAAUUAAGUGGAUGUUAAGUAAAGGGCAAGGCGCUACGAUGGGAACUUAUGGCCAGUUGAUACGCGCUCUAGAAAAGGACCACAGGCCAGAAGAAGCACACAUCAUUUGGGCUAGAAAAGUUGGUAAUAAUAUGCAUUCAGUGCCCAAGGAGUUGUGUGACCUUAUGAUAUCGAUAUAUUACCAGAACAACAUGUUUGAAAGACUUGUAAAGCUUUUCAAGUGCCUAGAAGCAUAUGAUCGGAAACCUCCUGGUAAAUCGGUGGUGCAAAAAGUGGCUGAUGCAUACAAAAGUUUGGGUUUACUCGAAGAACAAAAGCUGGUAUUGGAGAAGUAUAACUAUUUAUUGAUUGAAAAAAGUAAGGAGCAUCCCAGGAAGUCUGAAAAAGCCGCGUGAAAGAAAGUGGAUAAAUCAGGUACCCGUUGCAUUUAUUGAUUUGCUUGGCUAUCUCAUCAUCACCUUUGCUGUUCCUAAUCCACCUUUUUUUGUAACAUGUAUACAAACUACAGAAUCUGACAAAUAUGCCUUCUGAACACUGUGAUCCAACUUUUCCCUUAUGUGUUUUUUAAUGGGAAAAAAAUGUUUACUGGGCAGUGAGCACAUACAUGACAUCUAUAUAGGACAUGAACUGUAAUCAGCUCUUGUUGAAAACUGGAUGUUUCAAGAUUUACUGAUAGAAUGAGUAGUUUCAUUGCCUAGAUAACACAAACAGAUGGUGAAAGAGUUUAAUCUUCAAA